CACUCCAUGCCCAUGUGAUGUGUGUCUGGAGUGUAGCCUGCACUGUGUAUGGUCUAGAGCGGAUUGUCUGUUGCUGUAGAAGCAGUCUCCACUCUCCAGGCGAAGUGUAACACAGAUUACCUCUAAAUUGUUUUUCUUUCUACUAACACGGAUUUCAAACGUUUGUACUGAUGUAGCGUUAGCAGCUCCAGAACCUAUCCGGAUUUCAGUCAGUAAUCCCACAAAUCCAACUGGAUGCUGACAGUCAUUUGGGUGGGGCUGACGCGGAUGACAGUACAAGGGAGCAGAGCCCAGGGAUAAGCCAAACCGCACAGCAUCAGUUUAAAGCAACAAGGUCAGUGGGGUUGGUAAAGCCAUGACCAAGCCCGAGUCGAAGAAAAGCGGCGUGGCCGCGAUCAACGUUACCGGCAAGUGCGCCACAUCCGCCGCCGAGCAGGUCAACAACGGUUCAGUCGAGCCGGACUGUCCGGAUCAAAGCACACAUAUCAAAGCUAAUGUGACGAAGCAGACUUCCAAGGAGAGCAUGCAUCGGAGAAACACGGAGUGUGAAGUAUAUGACGACGGGACCAACACCUUUUUCUGGCGAGCCCAUACUGUGACCGUGCUGUUCAUUCUGACCUGUGCUCUGGUCUACGUCACGCUGUUGGAAGAAACCCCCCAGGACACGGCCUACAACACUAAGAGGGGGAUUGUGGCAAGCAUUCUGGUGUUCCUCUGUUUUGGAGUGACACAAGCCAAAGAUGGACCCUUCACCAGACCACAUCCAGCUUACUGGAGGUUCUGGCUUUGUGUCACUGUCGUCUACGAGCUGUUCCUCAUCUUCAUCCUGUUCCAGACGGUGCAUGAUGGACGACAGUUCAUGAAGUACAUUGACCCCAAGCUUGGGGUACCGCUCCCUGAGCGGGACUAUGGAGGAAACUGCCUCAUUUACGAUCCAGGCAACACCACCGACCCCUUCCACAACAUCUGGGACAAGAUGGAUGGCUUUGUUCCAGCUCACUUCCUCGGAUGGUAUAUCAAGACUCUGAUGAUUCGGGAUUGGUGGAUGUGUAUGAUCAUCAGUGUCAUGUUUGAGUUCCUGGAAUACAGCCUGGAGCACCAGUUACCUAACUUCUCAGAGUGCUGGUGGGACCAUUGGAUCAUGGAUGUGUUGGUGUGUAACGGUCUGGGGAUCUACUGUGGCAUGAAGACCCUGGGCUGGUUGUCAAUGAAGCCCUACCAGUGGCAGGGCCUGUGGAACAUUCCUACAUACAAGGGGAAGAUUAAGCGUAUAGCAUUCCAGUUCACUCCGUACAGUUGGGUGAAGUUUGAGUGGAAGCCUGCUUCAAACCUUCGUCGCUGGCUUGCGGUGUUGGGCAUCAUCUUUAUGUUCCUCCUGGCGGAGCUGAACACCUUCUACCUGAAGUUUGUGUUGUGGAUGCCUCCUGAACACUACCUGGUGCUGCUCCGCCUGGUCUUCUUUGUCAAUGUAGGAGGCGUAGCCAUGAGGGAAAUCUACGACUUCAUGGAUGACCCGAAGUUUUACAAGAAGCUUGGCCAGCAGGCGUGGCUGGUGGCAGCAAUCACAGUGACCGAGUUCCUCAUAGUGGUCAAGUACGACCCCAACACCAUGAUGCUGCCCAUCCCUUUCUUCGUCAUGCAGUGCUGGCUCUUAGGAAUCCUCCUCAUCUUUACCUGGACACUAUGGCGGUUUUUCAUCCGUGACAUCACGCUCCGUUAUAAAGAGACCCGUCGACGCAAACAGGAAGUCCCAACGGACCGGGAGCGCCCACUGGGCAACGUGGGCACAGCCACCCCGUCCGGGCGGAGCAAACUCAACGGCAGCUCCGAGACGGUGCGGCAGAGGAAGUCCUGAGGGGGCAACGCCAGUCUUAACCUGUCGGCAAGGGAAGGGGAAAGGACAAGGUUUGAUUAGGAAAAACGAGAAGACUGAAGGAGAGUGGUGACACAAAGAAACAUGUAGAGGCAAACAUACAGACACAUGUAUGUGCUGUGUAGACUUCUUUUGUGCCUACAUGAACCAAGUAGUCAUUCAACAGACGCAAGGGGGGCAACUUUCAUCCGGUGCAUUGUCUAGUUAUUGUCUUACAGUACUACAUGGAUUUACCUCACUCAAUUUUUUUUUAGGAGCUUUUGGGGAAUUAUAUACCGGACAAGAUACAUUGUUGUUAUUUAUACAUUACUUUGGAUGUUGAUUGACAAGGGGGAAAAGGAAAAUGCUGAAUCAAAGCGAAGUAGUUCAAGGAGGGAUAUAGGUGACCAGGGAAGUAGCUAGACGUGUGACCAAUGAUCCAAUGACCGCAGUUUUCCAUUUUCUCAGCUGCACACUUUGUCUUAGCGUAAGCGUCAGAAACAUGUCCGCUGCUGUAAAUUAGCUUUGUGUUCAGUGCAGAUGAGAAAAGGGAGCGUAUUUGGAGCAGUAAUGAGGUGUAGGUAACUGAUGUUCAAAGCUUAAUAAUGAUAAUUGUUAAUGUCUGUUGAAUAAUGGUCUGUUUUUUUUUUCUUUUCUUUUUUACAGUUUAGACUACUUUUUUCUUAGGUUUGAUUGCAGGCUCCUGAUAAUCACUACUUAUUUUACAUGUGGGAGACAAUAUCAGCUUUUCAUUUCCAGUUCAAGGUUUUCAUUCCUGGAAGCAGUGGGCGUCGAGGUCCUUGUAACUGCUGCGGGAUCCUCGCUCAAGCCUCUGUCCUUCAGGCUUGGUUCUUUAAAAAAAAUGACAAUAAUCGAGAUGUAACAUAUUCUAGUUAUUUAACUGCUGAUUAUACAUUAUAUGUGGGGUAGAGUUUGGGUGUUUUCUGUAGAUGUUUUGUUAUCGCUACUGUUAUUUCACUAUAACACUAGAUUUUACUCAAGUUCAUUUUUGUGAAAUGAGGUACUGAGAAAUCUGCAGCACCCUAAUGAAAACACCCAUGACAAUCCUACUAUGAUACAAAGAUGUGCUCCUCAGCUGUAACAGGCUCAACUAAUGGCUCAUUCAGUCCCAUCAGAAUGUGAAUUUAAUAUGAUUCCCUGAAUGCCUCAUGUUUUUAAAUGGAACUCUGAAAUUGUGUUAAAAUAUCAUGUUCUGCAUUGUCUGAAUAAGCUGAAACAAAAUGAAAGCCAGCCUUAUCUUAAGAGGGGGAAAUGAUGGUUAAUGUUUAGUUGUGUUUUGGUUUGGGAAGAGAAGAGAACCAUCCUUUUCCGGCUCUGUGGGCUUGCCAUAUUGCACAUGCAACAAGCCAAAGCUUAGAUCCCAUUCUUGCUAAAGCCAUACAUGCCACUCAAACAGCUGUUAAACGUCAUUUAGAUUUAUUUUCAUUUCGACUAAAGCAGAGUCCCAAAGCCAUCAGUUGUGUCAGCGUACAAUGUUUAUAUUACAAAAGGCAAAUUAUUAUUGAAACCAAAUUUACUUAUGUUAAAAAAAAUGGAGACCUUAACGCCCUUAUUUCUGUGACGAUGAUUGUCUCUCAGUCUAAACAUGUUGAAUCAUCUCAGUAGUGUUUGACGUCCUCGUCAGUUAAAAAGUAGAGUUACAAAAUGUAGAGCGUAUCGAUUAGUCGACUGAAAAUGAAUCUGCAACUAUUUUGACGAUCGAUUAAUUGUUUGUGAUUUAUUUUCAAGCAAAAAGGCCAAACAUUCUCUGGUAGGAGCUUCUCAACUGUGAUAAUUCUGCUUUUCUUUGUCUUAUGUGGUAGUAAACUAAAUAUAUUUAGGUUUUGGACUGUUGGGCGGACAAAACAAGGGCAACUAAAUGUAAAUGAUUCAACUCAUAAUGGCAAUUUUUUCCACGUUUUGCAGAAUAAUCUGCAGAUUAAUCGAUAAUCAAAAUAGUUGAAUACAACCUUAGUUAGACGUUCUCAACUUUCCAUAAUGCUACCAAAGAUAAGCUUUACACUGAAGUCCAACUGAAAAUAACACUAUGUAACCCACUUGUGUCCGUCAGAAUAGUCUUUGUCCUGUUCAGGUCUUGUGGCUGUCAGAGAAUCAGCUGUAAGUGUCCGUGUCAGUGGUUACAUCCUACAUAGUUGAAGACAAAGUAGAAGACAUCUGUGAAUCUAGCUCCAGAUUAUCCUGUUGUAAACUAGGCUGGUGUUUAAUGAUACUAUAGUCAUUUUCUUGUGAAUGUAAUCCAGCAGAAUCUACUGUUCAAAUGAGAGGGUCUGUUCAUCAUCUAUCACUUUAUUUUGCCAUAAACACUGAACUGAAGUUUGCCAUCUCAGCAAGGCUCAUUCUCAUGCUUAUCCAGACUCUAACAAUCUUUCACCCUCUUUUUUUUGAACACAGAUUAUUGAGCAAAUUUAAAACCCUAAAAACAAUGUUUAGCUGAUAUGUCAACGUUUGUACUUGUUAUCCCAUGCUGCUCUGCUAAUUCAGUUGCUUGUGAACUUGGUAGAAGUUCAGGAAAGUUAGCUUUUUUCCCCCCAUUUAUUAUUAUUUAUUUUUUUUAAAUGAAAGCUUUUUAGACAUUGGCUGGGGGUUCACACUAGACCUUUGCCCAUGCCUUGGAUUGGUUGAAGUGCUUUUGUUUGAAAUCUUUGAAGACCUACACCGACCCAAGUCAUGAAUUUGCACAUCAGCUCUGAAAUCACAAAAUAUUGAAUUUAGAAACUGAACUUUUUGAGCUGUGGAACAAAAUAGGAACUGGUCCCCAGAAAAAGGACUUGUGUUUUAGGGUUCAGUGUGGUUUCACUUGCAGCCACAUGGGGGCAGUAGAUGUUCUGUUACUGCCUCUGCCCUGUGUUCUCGUCUACUGGACAAUGAUCAUUUGAAACUUGCUGUAAAAGUCAUUUUCAACUUGGUUUGUGCAUAUGUAAACAUGUUAAAGAUCAUAAAAACUGAAAGAUGCUGCUGCACCACCUACUUUUAUAAUGUUUUCAAUAAAAUCGACUGAAAACCUGAGGCCUACACUGCAGUGAUGCGCCUUUCGGACUUCAAAAUUAAACCCUCUCAUGUAAUAUGGCUUAAACAAACGUCAACGUUAAACGCUGAUGCAGUUUUAAAGGUUUUAUGAUUUCAGGUUAACUAAUUGUGUGUGUGUGUUUGUUCGUUCGUGUGUGUUCCGCUCUCUGUCAAUAUGCAGAGAGAACAGAUAAGCUUACGCGCUCAGACGCUUUUGGAACCAAAAUUUGUGAAUUAUAUUAUGUGGGUGGCUUCAUUGUUGAGCCAUAUUUUUUCACUUGGCAUACGUUUUUAUGUUACGCUUGUCCUUUUUUUUUUGACAGUUAUGAAUUUGCAAAUAAAGCAUUAAUUAAAAAAACAUGCAAAGUCAUCGCAGUUGCAUCAAAUAAACAAACGUUAACAUCAGGGAGACAACAUUAACAAAUCUGCCCACUAUAGGCUAUGUAUGGCUAUUGUAAAUUUAAAAGUUUAAACAGCGUUCAGUUAAUUGCAUCAUGCUCACUAACUUAACCGUGACUUCAUUUAGAAAACAAUUAGCGAUUUCAUAUUCUGAACAUCUGAGUUUACGGUUGGACACGCCCAGGCACGAGACGGGAGGUCUCCAGGCUGCAGCCAUCACUCCUGAACUCUGGUCUCAGGGAGAAAGGUGCUGCCGUGGCCGAUACCGUGGACAGUAAAAGACACGCAGCAAGAAGAAACGCUAGUGGUUCACGCUGGCGCACAUACUGCUAUUUUGGCACGCGGUUUUGGAUUUGCUUAUUUUUUAUUUACUUGUUUAGUGGAGGCAAUCCAGAAUUACUGUCGGUGAAAUUAUAAUCAUGUGUGCAAUUAACAGAAGUCUAACUAAAUGAACAGUCUCAGAACUUUGCCUGUUUUCUAAAAGGUUACCCAAAUAAAGACUAUUUACUUUUUAUGAAUAGGUUAGAGAGAUGUAUUGUUAUUCUCCUAGUGUACGUAUUCUCCUAGUGUCAGACACAUGAAAAAACUUGUUUCAUUAUUUUGGCAGAAUGUAUGUGUUAUAUAGUGACUGUUGAAUGUUAUUACAGUCUACGACCAGUAGGGUGCUCCAUCGUAUUGGGUAUAAGGAGUUUACAUAGAGCGGGGAGUGGCAGUAUACCACUAGAGUAAAUGUUCCAGGUUGUAACGUUACCAACGUGUUGCCGGCAAUAAAGCUAGCUCAAUGGAA